GCGCGGGGCGGGGAUUGGUCUGAGCGCGUUCUCCUUCGCUUCGCGGUGUCCGGGACACCUGCUCGCCCCUCGCGUCCGGCGCCGCUGGGGCUCCCCUGCCAGGCUCCCCGGUUCCUCCAAGCUCGCAGAGCAGGGAGAAGGGCUGGGACGCCCCGGACCCGGCCCGGAGCCCGCUGAGCCGUCGCGGGGCGAGAUGAGCGCGGACGCGGCGGCCGGGGCGCCCCUGCCCCGGCUCUGCUGCCUGGAGAAGGGGCCGAACGGCUACGGCUUCCACCUGCAUGGGGAGAAGGGCAAGGUGGGCCAGUACAUCCGGCUGGUGGAGCCCGGCUCUCCGGCCGAGAAGGCGGGGCUGCUGGCCGGGGACCGGCUGGUGGAGGUGAACGGCGAGAACGUGGAGAAGGAGACCCACCAGCAGGUGGUGAGCCGCAUCCGCGCCGCGCUCAACGCCGUGCGCCUGCUGGUGGUCGACCCCGACACGGACGAGCAGCUCAGGAAGCUCGGCGUCCAGAUCCGGGGGGAGCUGCUGCGCGCCCAGGCGGGGCCGGAGCAGGCCGGGCCGCCGGCCGCCCCCGGGGAGCAGGGCCCGGCCGGCGAGAACGAGCCGCGCGAGGCCGAGAAGAGCCACCCGGAGCGGCGCGAGCUCCGGCCUCGGCUCUGCACCAUGAAGAAGGGCCCCAACGGCUACGGCUUCAACCUGCACAGCGACAAGUCCAGGCCGGGCCAGUUCAUCCGCGCCGUGGACCCAGACUCCCCGGCUGAGGCCUCGGGGCUCCGGGAGCAGGACCGCAUCGUGGAGGUGAACGGGGUCUGCGUGGAGGGCAAGCAGCACGGGGACGUGGUGACUGCCAUCAAGGCUGGCGGGGAUGAGACCAAGCUGCUGGUGGUGGACAAGGAGACCGACGAAUUCUUCAAGAAAUGCAAAGUGACCCCAUCUUCCGAGCACCUCAACGGUCCCUUGCCUGAGCCCUUCACCAAUGGGGAGAUGCAGAAGGAGAACAACCCUGAGACCCUGGCCUCAGCAGCCUCGGGGAGCCCCAGGCCAGCCCUGGCAAGAUCCACCUCCAGUGACACCAGCGAGGAGCUGACUUCCCAAGACAGCCCCAAGAAAGAGGACUCCACGGCCCCCUCCUCGACCUCCUCCUCCUCCGACCCCAUCCUGGACUUCAACAUCUCGCUGGCCGUGGCCAAAGAGAGGGCCCACCAGAAGCGCAGCAGCAAACGGGCCCCGCAAAUGGACUGGAGCAAGAAAAACGAACUCUUCAGCAACCUCUGAGCGCCCCGGCCACCCACCCUUCCUCGCCUCCUCUCCCCCCCGCUUCUCCAAUCACCCUCGAAUCGACCUACAAAUCAGCACCAGCACCCCCUUCCUGGCCAUGUGAUUUUUCUAGAGAACUGGCGGAUGCUUUUCUGCCCCACCCAAUCAGACAGCAGCAGACUCGGUCCCUCUGCUCCCGCGUGGCUCUGCCUGGGACGUCACCGGGACCUGCUUCAGGCGAGGAUGGUGGCACCAGGCACGUGGUCCUCCUCCCUCACCACCCCACAGGGGACCAGGGGACUUUGCGGCAGCCACAGCUCACCUCGCGGGGCGUCUGUUGUCCUGACAGCUGAGGCUGGCUUGCACCUCUUGUUUUUGUUGAUUUUUUUUUUUUUAAGGGUGCACAUCACAGUUUAGAGGGAUGUUCAUUUCCUUGAUUAACGUGAUUUUCCUGGCUGUUGCAGCCUGGGCAUAGCAGCGGCCUCAGCCUUAAAUUUUUGUCCCCGCUCCUCCUCCCCCAGAGGCCUGGGCAGCGCGGGGAGGGCUUGGCUGGCCCUUGCCCAGCGCUGAGCCAGGCCCCUCAUUGUAUGGAGACUCCGGAAAUUAACUGGUUCCUGCAAA